AUGAGUGAAAUGACUAAGGUAAGAGAAUCAACUCCAAAUAAUUUUAUUUGUAUUAAGGAAACUAAAAAAUUAUUUAUAGUUAAAUUACUUACUUUUGUGAUAAGCAUUAUCAUAGAUAUGUCUUUUGAAAGUAAUUUUAAUAGAUUUGUUAGAGAACAAUAUAAAAUUUUUUCAUUUGAUGAAUUUGAUUCCUUAACAUCAGGCGUUUACGGAUCGUUAUUCUGUGCAAUGAUUCAUGGAACUGUAGUUCACUAUAGUAGAUUAGGAUAG